CCAAUCAGAAGGCCGGCUUCAGAGCGGGUGGCAGAGGGGGAUUGUUUGCGUCUCUGCUUCACCUCCACGGUUUUCUCUGGCAGAACCACAAAUUAUCUCGGAAACUUCAACAAAAUGAGGAGGAAGGGCAGACCCAAAAAGCAGAAAUCCGGGAAGAGCACGGGACGGCGUCCAGGAAGGCCCAGGAAGCGUAACAAUUCCUAUGAGGAAGAAGCCCCACGGCCGAGUGUGUCCAAAAAGACACAGCGCGAGCGUGAUCCAGAUGAGGCGCUGGUACCCAAGAAAGAGAAGGGUUUGGUGUCCACAACUGUGCUGGUGGUGGACGAUGGCAUGUCAGAAGGCGUGCACAUGACCACCAGUCAGGUCCAUGCUUUAGGGGCACUGGUGUCCUGCCGUGAGUGUGGUGAAGCAGUGAGGAUCGGUGUACGGCCCACCACAAAGGGCAUGAUCUCUGAGUUCACAGUGGCCUGUAACGUUUGUGAGGACACCAAGUCCACCAACACACCUAACUUGGUGCGGGAACGUAAGCGAAGAGAGAAGAAGGAUGCAGUGCUGCAGAAGACAGAGAACAUCAACUAUGCACACGUGGCUGCUUUCCUGGACAAUGGCCUCGGAUACAGCGGCCUGAGGCACUACUGCAAGUAUUUCAAUGCCCGCUGCCUCAAUGAGGCCACCUUCAUCGUGUAUGCACGGCAGGUGAUCAGUGACGUGGUGGCUGACACGGAGGACAGCCUGCAGUACAGUGCCAGCAUUGUGCGGGAGGUGUUCAAGAGCCAACUGGAGACAGAUGGCUUGGUGGACCUGACGGUGGCUUUCACUACCACCUACCACCAGUGGGGCAGUGACUUCUGCUUGGUGGCUGGUGCUGUCAUUGAGCUCACCACAGGCCUGGUGCUGGACUAUGAUGUGGCCAACAUGUACUGUCAUGUGUGCAAGAUCAAUGCCAAGAAGAUUGUGUCCAUGUCUCCGGCUGAGAUGACAGAGUGGUUCAACAAGCACCAGGACACAUGUGAGAUCCGGGAGUGGUGUGACGAGCUGGACCAUGAUGCAGAGGAGGGUGUGCGUGAGAUUGAGCCCAAGUACCUGGAGUGCUUCAUUGCCAAGAAGAUCUGGGCACGAUCCAUUGAAAAGUUCGGUUUCCGCUACACUACCUUGAUACAUGAGAGCGACGAGAAGAUCCACGAGGAGCUGUCGCGUGCUGGAGUGUACGGCGACGUGCCCAUCCUCAUCGACAGUGCCACCUCCUGCUUCAGCCGCCGAAAGAGUGAGCAUGCCAGGACCUCCUUCCAGACUAAGCUGAAGGCCAAGUGCCCUCGGGAGAGGGUCCAAACCAAAGACCGCAUCAUGUAUGUGUACUCCAUGUCCAUCCCUGAGUACAACAAGUUUGCCAUCUCAUCUAACAUUAAACUGCGCCAGCUAGUGAAGGAGAUGGAGGGAGGGGGAGUGGAUGAGGCAGCUGCAAUCAUGGAAGGCGAGGAGGGCGAGGAGCAGAUGCCCAACACUCUGCAGCUACAUGAAGUAAAGGCCAUCAAGAGGUUGGUGGCCAAUGGAGAGGAGGAGGAGGAAGAAGAAGAAGAAGAAGAAGAAGAAGGAGAAGGAGAAGGAGAAGGAGAAGAAGAAGAAGAAGAGGAAGAGGAGAGAGCUGAGAGAGAGAUACUGCUGGAGGAGGAGGAAUUGAAUAAAGAGGAGCGGGAAGUAGAUGACCCUGAGGAGCUGGAAGAAGAGGAAGGAAUGGAACAAGGGGAAGAUGAGGAGGAACUUCUGGAAGAGGAAGAGGCACUUGCAGCACAGAAUGCAGAGGAAGAGGAACGAAGGAAGCUGGCAGCAGAAUGGGGAGAAGAGGAUGAGGAGGAGGAAGAGGAAGAGGAGACUAACAUACAUGUUGAGGAAAUCCACUUGCCACUUUCCAUCAAAGAGGAACACAGAGCUGAAGUCAAAGAGGAAGUUUUGGGAUUAGCUCAUCAACUGGAGGAAGAGGAAGAGGAACAGGAGCAAGUAGAAGAUGAGGAAGGUGAUGAAGAAGAGGAAGAGGAGGAACUGGAACAAUUACGAUUGGAUGAGGAAGACCAACCAAUGGAAGAAAAUGAAGAAGAGGAGGUGGAACUGGAGUUACAUGAAGAAGUGGAGACAGUGCAAGAGGAGGAAGUAGAUGAAGCAGUAGCACCACCACCACCACCACAACAACAACAACAACCCACCUCCAAGAAGACAGGGAAAGUAGAGGAGAGCAAGACGCAGGAAAAGAGUAAGGUGACCCCAGCAAACCAAAGAGGCCAGUCAGGAGAAAUACGAUUAAUUAAAAAGGAAGAACACAAGAAGACCUCACAAGAGGAAGUCAGCAGGAAGAGAAAGCAAGAGGACAAAGAGGAAGAGCAGGAUGUUGUGGUGAAGAGAAGCAAACAGGAAGAUAGUAAGCAGACCAGUAAAGAGGAAGAGACUAAAAAGGAUAGUGAAAAAGGACAAAGGAUGAGGGAAGAAAAGCAACAAAAGGAAGACAAGGUAAAAAUAAAUGAUAAACCAAAGGAAAAACAAGAUAAACCAAAAUUGGAUAGCCAGCAAACAUUGAAGAAGGAAGAAAAACAAACAACAAACACAAAAAUAAGUGAAAAGAAGGAGGACAAACAGAAAACUGACAGCAAACAGACUGAGAACAAGGAAACCAGACUAACAGCAAACAAACCAAGUGACAAGAGAGAAGAGAGACAAAAACCAGACAAACUAAGCGAAAAGAAGGAAGAGAAGAGGUCUGUAGAAAAGAAAGCAACAGACACAAAGACACAGGAGAAGGAGAGAGGCAUCACAAAGCAGAGGGAAGAGGAUGGUAAGCCAAGGAUGGAGGUGAAACAGAAGGGAGAUGUCCACCAGCAGGAGAAAGAAGCAGGGAAGCAGACACCUAAGAGGCCAGGGGAGGGUGAUGCAAAGGCUGGUGGUGGUGAGGCUGCUGACACAAGACCCAAAAGUAAUGCAAGUAAUGCCACAGUGACUGACAAAGAAUAAGGUACUGGUCAUUUGAGUGAGACCAUAGGUGGCAUUCUGAGGCCUUGGGGGGAAGGAAAUUGCAGUGUUUCUUACUUUUUUUUUUCACAAAUGCCUUCACUCCCACCUAAUGCUAAGGUCCAUUGCUAACUAAGAAAUUGAAGUGUUUUGAUGACGAUAUUUUAUGGACCACUUGAACAUUCACCAUACCACAGCAAAGGAUAUUCUAAACUAAACCUUGUAACAUUAACAUUACUGUGCAGAUUGAACAUUAGAAAACUUACUUGCCUGUACAUACAAGUGAUAUCGCAAGAUUAUGAGGAGGUGUUUUUAAUAUGAUGCAGUUUUGUCACCAUUACCUCACAUAUCUCCCUGCACAGACUGAAGGUUUAAAGUUUGUCAUUCUGCAAUAGAGAGGUUAAGUGGCAUUAGGUUUGAUUUAUAAAUGUCCUCAGUUGUUUAGUGGUGGAUGUUCAAGUAUUUUGCUUUUUCUAAUAUGCUACUCUUUAAGCACAAGGUAAACAGUACUGCCCAGUUUAGCUUUGUUAGUUAGACUUUUUUCUCUCUUCAUACAGCUGGCCUUCUCUGAAACAAGUGCAGGGCAGUAUGUAACAAAACAUCAGGGCGUUGAUAAGUUAUCAAGAUUUAUAAACAUUAACACAAGCCACAUUUAUUAUUUUAGAGUAUUUUACACUUUUGCUUUGGAACAGAUCUUCAUGUUUUCACUCUUGCAUUCUUCUUCCUCUCAUAUUUACCAUACUGCAUUUUGUUUGUCACUUUCAGCUUGCUUCUCUCAUAUUUCCAUGAAAAAUUGAGAAAUAAAAAUGAAAAGCCAAAAAAGUGACAAAGCAGUGUGAUGUCAUGGAAUGAAGGAAGAAUGGAUGUGAAACUAUUUAGAAGAAUUUGGUUAUAAAAUUUAUAUUCUGUAUGCCAGAAUUUGUAUAAGUUAAAAAGAGAAAGAUACUGUAUUAUGUGGAUAUUCUGUAUUUACUUUUAGUGUGUGUGUGCGUGUGUGUGUGUGUGUGUGUGUGUGUGUGUGUGUGUGUGUGUGUGUGUGUGUGUGUGUGUGCGUGUGUGUGUAUGCGCCUGCCGGUGGUGGGAGUGGCAGUUACAUUCCUACAUGUAUAGAAGAUUGAGUGCAGGCUGGCAGGCCACCCCCUACUGAGGCCUCGGGGAAGCACAGUGCUGCUUCACAAUCAGCAGUUUUUCAUUCUGUUAAUUUUCAAUGUAUUUCUUACAUUAACUUAAGAUUUUUAUUAUUUUUUCUCAAGUUUUGUAAUUUAAAAUGUAAUAUUUCCUUUUCUCAAGGUGUGUGUGUGUAUGUGUGUGGUGUGUGUGUGUGUGUGGUGUGUGUGUGUGUGUGUGUGUGUGUGUGUGUGUGUGUGUGUGUGUGUGUGUGUGUGUGUGUGAGGGGGGAGGGGGACCCCACUGUUGGUGGUGUUUUGCUUGGCUUGACUUUGGUUGGCUUCCACAUCUGGCCACCACAAAACAGGUGCAGCAGCUUCCCCCACUGCAUGCACACCUGAUAUCUUUACCAUCAAAGUGCAUAAGGUCAAGCUUGCAUGUGUUCACCUGAAGUUUACAUGUUUACAUAAAGUACAGGUGUUUUUACAGAAAUUUUAAGCAGGUGUGUGUGCAAUCCCUGAAAUGUAUAUGAUGUAUCUGCUCACUGGAGGUGUGUGUGUGUGUGUGUGUGUGUUUGUUUGAGUGGGGUGGGGUUGGUGAGGGAGGGAGGGAGGGAGGGAAGAAGGAAGGCAGGCCUUGCGUUAGUAACUAGAGGAGAUGGUUAGUUGGUAAAAAACACUGUACAUUACACUCCCUGUGCAUAGAUUUAUAUACAGUAUUUGUUGUUAGAGUUGAUCUGCCUAUGACAGUUUGUGAUUCACAGCUGGUGCCUCGGCUGCCUGCCCUUCAUGAUCACUAGACUUGUACAACUGCAGAGUAUCUUUUAGGAAUUAAAGUUUCAUAUGA